AUGAAGCCCGCUAUUGUCAUCUGCCAUGGCUCUUAUCACAGCCCCGCCCCGUAUGAGCCCUUCAUGGAGCAGCUCCGAGCCAAAGGAUUCGAAACCUACUGCCCUUUCCGGCCAACGUGCGAUCUCAGCAAGCUCAACGUGGGGGAUGUAAACCAUCCGGACUUCGACCUGGAGCCUCCAGCAGAGGGCUACCCUACCGAUACCGACGAUGUCAAUGUCGUUGUCGAACUGCUAGACAAGCUAGUGAACCAGGAGGGGAAACUCGUCCUGUUAGUGGCACAUUCCUCCGGUGGCUGGGUUGCGACCCAGGCAGCCGUCCCAGAACUGCAAGCCACGUCUCGGGAGAGCGAGGGCAAGAAAGGGGGCCUGAUUGGUAUCUUCUACAUGGGUGCUUUCGUUGUGCCCGUCGGCGAGUCCAUUCAUAGUUUUUUCCAGCCGAAAGACGGCACGGUUUUCACUCCACCGUUUAUGAAAUUCCACAAACACGGCGUCAAGGGCCUUGGAACCCCGGUCGAUGCCCCUCGCUUUUUCUUCAAUGGUCUGGAUGCUGAGUCCGCGGAAAAAUGGACAGCUACUCUCACUGCGUCCCCCGUCAAUACUGACAGGCUUACGAACGAUGCCUACUCUGCCCUGCCAUGUGCAUACCUGGUGCUGGAGCAUGACUUGACUCUGCCCAAGGAGUAUCAGGAAGGCAUGAUCGCGCUUCAGACACUGGCGGGCAACCGGUUUACAAUUUAUCACGCGCCAUCCGGACACUCGCCUCAUUUGGCAUGGACGGAGGAGCUUGUUGAUAAAGUGGCCGAAUUUACGAAUCAAAUCCUUGCGUAA